AUGUGGGGUCUUUACUCAGACCAACUCUCCGCCGUUCCACUCAUCCAUGUGCGAGUGGAUGCCUCUAUUAAAGAACUUGCAGCCCAAGUGAAGCUUACCCAGACGUAUGUCAACGAAUUUGCAUGGCCCAUUGAGGCGGCCUACGCUUUUCCGAUACCGGAUCGAGCCGCUGUUUGUGCCUUUGCACUCGUCAAGCAAGACGGGUCACGGAUUCCAGGGCAAGUCAAAGAGAAAGCAGAAGCAAGACAAACCUAUGAGGCGGCUGUGGGUGAGGGACGUCGCACGGCCUUGUUCCAGCAAAUAUCUCCUGAUGUCUUCCAGAUCGCCGUGGGCAACCUGGCACCUUACGAGCUGGUUCAAGUGGAGCUAGUUUAUGCAACGGAACUCAGCGAAGAUAAUGAAAUGGAUUCCACAAGAUUCCAUGUGCCCAUGCAUAUUGGAGCUCGUUAUGGCGGAGAACCAGUUCCUGUCGCGACUCCAUCUCAAGUUUUCCUCGAAAUCUUCGUGUCCGUGGAGACCAUUUCUCCUAUUUCGAAGAUAGGCUCACUUUCGCAUAACAUCAACAUCGAGUUGGGACCUGACCCAUCACUGACCAACGCAACUCUUACCGACAGACAAUAUGCCCGCGUAUCCCUAUCAUCAGCAACUGCUCUUGAGAAAGACUUUGUCCUGGCCAUCACUUCUGCUGGUCUUGACGCGCCGCGUUGCAUCGCCGAAUUCCAUCCAACCGAACACACAACAGCUAUUACAUUCACCCUAGUCCCGCGCUUUAAACUCCCCGCAGAUGUUUCUGCCCAGGAGUACAUUUUUCUUGUAGACCGGUCGGGUUCCAUGUUUGGCGCUCGGAUGAAUGCAGCAAAGAAGGCUCUGGUCGUGCUUCUCCGAACCCUUCCUUCUCGUAAUACAUCGACAUAUUUCCAAAUUGUUUCGUUCGGCACAUCGCCAACGCUGCUUUGGGACAACGGAAGCCGCCCGUAUGACCAGCGUUCAUUAGACGAGGCCACCAUGCAUGUUGAUUCGAUGAAGUCCAACUAUGGUGGCACUGAAAUCCAAUACGCACUGGAAAGAUGCUUUGCUCGGCGUCGAAACAACAUUCCGACCAGCGUUUUUGUUCUGACAGAUGGGGAUUAUUGGGAUGUCAGUGCCUUGUUAGGCUCCUGUAGAAAUGCUGUCUCCUGCGCUCCGCCACAAAGCUAUUUGCGACUAUUUGCCCUCGGAAUCGGCAACUCAGCCUCAACUGCCGUCUGUGAGGGGAUUGCGCGUGUCGGAAAUGGGGCUUGUAUGAUGGUGGACGAGAAUGAGUCGUCUGCCGCAUUUGCUGGCAAGAUCUCGCGGAUGCUCAAGGCAGCGAGGACGCCACCGAUCACCGAGGUUGAGAUUGACUGGGGGACUUCGGAUUCAGUGCUACGGGAAGACGAGUUUGUUGUUCUCCCAGCAGCCGAGGCAAAGGCCAUCACAAUGUUUGAUGCUUCAGAAACUUCUUUUCUCGAUUUGGGAGAGGAAACACUGCCGUUGUGUACUCCGAUUGCCUUGCCGCCGGCUCCCCCAGUCCAGCAGUCGCCAUUCAAAAUACAGAACAUCAGUCCCGGGAACCGAGUCACCGUAUAUGCUAUUAUUCAAGGCAAGGACAUCCCAAAAACUAUCAAGUUUUCGGGCAAGCAUAUGCUGUCCUCGACAAAAGUUGAGAUAGAGCUCCCUGUCGUCCUCAGCAAUCUACCGAAUCUUCCAGAAGCUGCCCCCGCCAUUCAUGCUCUCGCUGUGAAGAAGAUAGCACAAGACAUGGAGGAUGGCGAACUGGGAGUUGUCCGGAGUGCAUCCCAGGCGAAGAACGACAACGAUCUUCGGGACACGGUUAAUGCUUGGAUCGGUCGCCUAGGAACAAGCUACUCAAUUGCCACAUCUCAAACAUCGUUCGUCGCUGUUGAUGAAAGUGAGGUCGUGUCGAAUGCGACCCACAAUACUCUCCAAAACGAUAGAAGCGGUAAUUGGCAGGCAGCACCCAACGCAUCGAAUCUUUCCGACUCUUGGGCGACGAACGACUCUCUGGUGUCCGACUAUGACUUUUGCAUAAUACCCCCCCAGCGCAAGCCAAAUGAUCCUGCGGCCCAAGCUCAACUUUUCUCCGACAAUCCUUCUGGGAGCACGCAAUUCUUGAGGCGGGCUUGUUUUUCGUGUGGGACCAGUGACCCGCCUAGUUGGCGCCGGUCGACUGUGAACCCAGGGAAGAUUGUCUGCAACCGAUGUGGGCUAUAUGAGCGAACGAAGUCACGACCUGUCUUCGCCCAAAAGACGACAGAAGCGAGAACUGAAAUGGACGUUCUCGAAACGCUCGCGCGACACCAAUUGUACAACGGCGGGUUUACCUCAUCCGUCUUUGAUGUCAUACCACUUUGUGUUUCUGUGGAGGAUGUCAGAAUCAGGGUCACCAAGCAUCUCCCAACCGUCUCAGACGCGUUGUUUGCGACUGUGAUGGCGAUGGCGUUUAUCUUGCGGGCAUCAGCGCGGUCAAUGGACGGCGAUAUGAAAGAGAUUUGUGAAGCAAUAUUCGAUAAGGCGCGGGAGUAUGUGAACGAUGCAUUUGGGUAUUUGAAUUUGGAUGUAAACGAGCUGGCGAUGAGCGGCGUGCCAUUGGUGCAGUAA